AUGUGUAUAUUUUUCUCUUUCUUGUUCCCUUUUUCUCGGCCUCUUUCUUACUCUUCUUACUCGUUCUCUUUCUUUCUCGUCCUCUUUCUUACUCUUACUCUUUCUUUUAUUCUUUCUCACCGUCUUUCUUGUUCAAUUUCUUACUCUUUCUCUUUUUUAUUCUUUCUCUGUCUUCCUCUUACUCGUUCUCUUUCUUUCUCGUUCCCUUUCUUACUCUUUCUCUUAUUCUUUCUCAUCGUCUUUCUUUCUUGUUCAAUUUCUUACUCUUUCUCUUUUUUAUUCUUUCUCUUUCUUCCUCUUUCUCAUCCUCUUUCUUUCUCGUUCUCUUUCUUACUCUUUCUGUCUCUCUCACUCACAAUUUGUCUUUCUCUAUUUCUUCCUUUCUCACGACAAUCUCGAUUAUCUAUCUAUCUAUCUAUCUAUCUAUCUAUCUAUCUAUCUAGCCCUCCUCCCCUCAUUGGUGGAAAACAAUAA